AUGUUAAGGGAAUUCAACCUUAAUGCGAAAGAAUCGGUUUUGCUUACUCAUGGUGACAGCAUAGAUCAAGUGGCCACUGAAUUUAAGGUUAUUGCACGGUCGGGAGGUGCUGUGGCAGGCAUUAGCAGUGACCAGCUGAAAAUAUACGGGUUGCAGUUUCAUCCGGAAGUCGAUUUGACAACGUGCGGCUUGCAAAUCCUGAAAAACUUCCUGAUCACCAUUGCCGGCUGCCAGCAGACCUACACGUUGAGAAAUCGCCAACAGCAGUGUAUGAACGAGAUUUGCAACACCGUCAAGGACAAGAAAGUUUUGAUGUUGUGCAGCGGUGGCGUUGAUUCGACGGUGUGCGCCGCGCUGUUGACUCGAGCGUUGGGCAAAGAUCGGGUAAAAGCGGUGCUGAUCGACAACGGAUUCAUGCGCCGCAAUGAGGCUACCCUUGUACACGAUUCACUGAAAGCUAUUGGGCUGCAUGUCGAAGUACGCUAUAUGGGCUAUGUAUUUUAUUACGCAACAACCGAGCUGCACACGGACACGAUGGGAUGCAUAACUACUGAAUCUCUUUGUCAGACUACUGAUCCAGAGAUAAAGCGCCGAAUUAUUGGUGACACGUUCAUGAGGGUGGUAAAAGAGACGCUAGGCCAUUCAUCAAUCGGCCAAGGAGACAUGUUUCUUGCUCAGGGAACCUUGCGACCAGACCUGAUAGAGAGCGCCAGCAGUUUGGCAAGUGCCAACGCGGACGCGAUCAAAACCCAUCACAACGACACGGAGUUGGUCAGGAAGUUUAGGUCGCACGGCCGGUUGAUUGAGAUCUUGAAAGACUUCCACAAAGACGAAGUACGUGCGUUAGGCGUCGAGCUUGGCUUGCCAGAUAGCAUUAUUAAUCGACAUCCGUUUCCAGGUCCCGGUCUGGCUGUGCGGAUUUUGUGUUGUGUCGAGCCGUUCCGAUGCAAAGAUUUCAAUGACACGCAGACGCUGCUUCGCGCCGUCGCUCAGCUGUACGCGUUCAUUCAGCGAGAAAACCACAUUACCGAAAAAAUCAGACACUGCCUGUCAGAGGCCGAAUAUGAAUGGCUAUAUCAUUGUACGAAAAACGUUCAGCUUAACGCCACGCUUCUUCCGAUCAGAACCGUUGGUGUACAGGGCGACCAUCGAAGUUACUCCUAUGUCGCUGCCGUUUCCAGCAACUGUUCGUCCGUACCUUGGGGACACAUGCUUCGGCUAGCGAAGGUUAUUCCAAAGGUCUUACACAAAAUAAACAGAGUGGUUUAUGUCAUUGGCCCUAUCGUGGAACAUCCGGUGCAUGACGUCACCCCGACGUUUUUAACUUCGUUACCAAUCGCAGUUGCUCGUGAGGCAGAUUUCGUAGCGCAUGAAGUGCUCUUGAAACGGAAUCUUACAAAUGCAAUUAGCCAGAUGCCGGUAGUAUUGAUUCCGGUUCAUUUUGACCGUCCCGUUGAAAGUUCGGACCACCCUAGCAUCCUGUGGUCAGUAUGCCUGCGACCAUUCAUAACGAAGGAUUUCAUGACUGGCGUUCCUGCUGAACCUGGCAAAGAUAUACCAUCAGACGUUCCGAAUUCUUUAGCAGAUUCAGUUCUGAAGAAAGUACCUUUCCUGUCUCGAGUUGUAUACGAUCUUACUCCUAAGCCACCCGGAACCGUGGAAUGGGAAUGA